AUGGUCUCGUCCAAAGCCGAAUUUGUGUCCCGCGACGACACUGCCGCUGCCCAAGCGCUUCUCUCACGCACCGCUAGCGGUGGUGCUAUGGAUGCGGCUUCGAUGAUGGGAUCGCCUCUCGGCUCGGCCACCCGUCCAGCAGCCCAACCGCGCAGCUCGAAUCGUUCCAGAACGUCUUCCUUUCUCAGCAACGCGCUCUUACGACAGCGGAGAAAGUCGGUCUCCAACACACAAAUCGAUGAUUGGGGCAGACAGGUCGGUGGAAGCGAAGGGCUCGGAAGCAUCUAUGAUUCGUCGAUGGGCGCCAGGGAGAGGAGCCAAGUGCUUCGUAGCGUGACUCAGCUCGCCAAGCAGAGCACAGACGAUCUCACCGGAGCAGCCGCCGAGGCUUUUUCUGGCGAAGCUAUGCCGUCUCUCUCGCAGAUCCCCCUCUCCUUUGCCAAUCUACAUCACAGUAGCAUCGAGACACCGCCCAGCUAUGAAGAGGACAAACAGCUGAAGAUGCGAAGGCGCAGCGAGGGCAGCAUCAUCUCGAACAUCAACCAUGCCGGUUCUCCUUUGUCCCCGUCCAGACCGUCCUUGCACGGCGACCAGCUGUCUUUGUAUUCGAGCAUGGGAGCCAAACCCUCGAGCGCAACGUCGGCUUCUGCUUCGUCCACCAGCUGCAACAGCAGCUCUGUCUCGGCCAGUCCAGCUCCGCACCAGCCACUUCCGUCGCAGUCAUCAGGAUUCCAGCCUCGUCGCAGCUCGGACCAGUUCAGCACCGCCGCUCGUCACGUUUUCCGAUCAUCACGUUCGUUUUUAGGUUUGCACUUCGGCAUUUCCGAAGACCAGCGAGAGCCAGCUGAAACGACAAUCGACGGCCCUUACGACGGCGAUAUGUGUGCAAGCGCAGUUGGUGACCAAAGCAACAACGACAACCAUUUGCAUUGUCAGCACAACUCGGCUCUUACAGGGGGAGAUGUGGGACAAGAUGGGAAAUCCGACGUUACUUCUUUCCCAGCCGAAAAUCGAUCAACCAAAACCGUCGUGACAGCCGAUCGAGGUGAUUCCUCUGACACUCAAGCCAAAGGUAUCGCUUCAAAUGCUGACUUUGCAUCGGAGAAAGCCCAAGCAGAAGAAGAGCAGCUAGCAACAUUGUCGAAUGCGGUGGCACACGAUGCAACCAUAGCCGCAGUACAAGGAAGAAAAGCAGCCGUUGAAAGCGUUCGGGCAAAUAUUGGCCAGCGUGGGGAUGCACAGAGAAAAAGUCAGAGUGGCAGCCUCAGUGAAAUUCGCAUGGUUGGCGCGAUCGGCAAAGCAAAUCCGACUCAGCCUAGCGCGUGUUUGUCAGAUUGCCGCGCGUGUUUGGCUGGCGAUCUGGCUGCCCCGUCAUUUCAUGGAUUUCCCCCAUCGAACGAUCAGCAGCCGCAGCACAGCACUCUUCUGACCCUCUGCCACGACGUUUUUUCUGCAGCUUCUGCACCUAUGGCCGCGGCAACUGCAGCUGCAGCGUCAGCAAUUCAGCCAGCAGCUGCAGCAGCAGUAGCAGCACCAGCACCAGCACCGGCCCAAGGCGCCGAAGUUCCAGCGUCAGUCUCGCGACCCAUCACCAUUUCCUCUGCUGCCGCAUCGGCCUCUCCGCUUUGGUCGCAGUCUGGCACUGCCUUUGCCCCUUGCAACGCUGUCCACACUGGUCAAGCACCCUCGGCUGAGCCUGUUCCUGUAUCUGAAGAGUCGCUCACCCGUCCCCGUUACAAUUCCCUCCCUCAAACUUACCACUCUCAGCCUCACUCUGAGUUACCGUCCCCUUUUUCUUGUCAGCAAGAGGCGGUGCGCCAGAAGCAGCCGUCAAAAUCUCAGUCUCCGACUGUCUUGUCUCCAUUGCUUCCUGCGGUCACUAAAAACGGAAACGGAAGCGUACCGUCUUUCUCGACUCCGGACUCAUCAUCUGUGGUUGCAACGACUGCUGUUCGUUCUUGCCUUGCCGCGUCGCAUUACUUCGACGCUGGCGCAACUCCCGUCGGUAUCGCUCCGACGCUUUCUUCCACAUCGUCUUUUUCCAUCAACGACGCACUUCGCCUCUCUUCUUCGUCGCUAUCGCCGUCACCGUUGUCUGACCACACCAGCACCGUACCUACCGCUGCAACAUCACCUUGCCACAGCUCGUCGAAGCUGACAUCUCUUGUACAUAGCUCGGAUCUUCCUGCCUCUGGUCUCGGAACGGACGCAGCUACUUCUCCUGACUCGAAAACGCCCUUCGGCUCUCAGUAUGCCUUGACGCUAGCCACCGGCCCUCUGAGCGACCAACGUACAGCCAAGCAAGUCCAUCCGUGGAGCAUUUCUGGUGCAGCCGAACCGGUCUGUGGUACGUUGACUCCUGCGUUCAUCGUUGCCGAUCACACCAGUACACCCCUCUUCACGCCGCCUAGCUCCCCAGGCGAUUGCCCAACUUCUUCAUCAGCGUCCCUGAUCCACGAAUCCGCUCCUCGUUCAGGUGUUCUUGCUCCCGCCGCCGCUCAGCAGACCGCAACCAGCUUACCAUCUCCGCCUGCAUCGUCAGCGUGCGGAAGUACCUCGGCCAGCAACAGUCGUCGUGGUAGCAGAAGCGAUUCAGCAGCCUCGCGGCUGAACCCGCUUUCCCCACGUUCUUCGCUUACUGCUUCAUCCCCUCCCACAGCCCAACAGGCAGCACCAGACACGGCCACAGGUUCGACACCGACCAACACCCGCGUCUCUUUCGACCUCCGACGACUUCCUCUGUUCGGCGCCUCUUCAACGAUAGCCAAAAUGUCUUCCCAUGUACCCCGAGCGUCGUUUGCCGGACUUGGCACCGGUCAAUCUCCCCACACCGUCCAGACAAACUCGAGCCGUCACGCUUCGUCUCCUAGCGCCAACUCCUCUUCCAAGUUUUUUUCGCGCAUCAGUCUACCGCGUAGCAGCCGGCGGGGCAGUGCCGCUGAUUCAUCGCCGCUCUCGUCGCCAGAUUCCAAGCCACGCUCGCGGUUCGCCAGCUUUGGGAGGAUCAGUCGAGGCGGUAGCCAACCAAAUCAACUCAAUGACGGCCACGGAUUGCGUACUUCGAUGCAGCCAUGGGCAUCGGCUUCUACAGACGUGCUCGGCAUGGCGCCGGGCCAGGGGCCUGCUCGUAACAGUCUCGCUCUGGCACGCGAAGAGGCUACCCGUCCACGUAAGAGUCUUCAUCUUCCCCGCACUAACCUCAUCGACUUGGACGCCUCGGACGCCUCGGACGCAACCGCUUCCUCCAGCACGGCUGCGCAUGCCUUGGACAACAGGGCACUUGCUCCCAUCGCUGCGGUCCCGAUUAAAGCAGAGAAGUCCGUUUCUCCUUCACAGCACUCCGCUCGUCGUCCAAGCCUCAACUUUUUGCGCCGCGCCAGCGCCACCAGCACCAACUCAAACACUGACAUGGCGAAUGGUGAAAGAAGGAGCUCCUUUGCACGCAACCUCAUGAACAGGUCCUGGAGCCGCGGCAGCAAGACCGAACAGCAGCAAGACUCGGGGAAAACGGAUGCGACAAAUCGCAGCGAGGCUGAACCACCCGUUUUCCGCAAUGGCAUCUUUGACUUACAGGUUCCAGCAUCGACAGGCGGCUUGGCGCAUCCCGGCUUGGCUUCCACCGUCAACUGGCACGCCACGUCGCCGGCUCACGCUCCCAACCAGGUCGACAUUGCUCCCAACGAUGUAGAUCCCAUGGCUAUUGCCAUUCCGCCUUAUCCUGCAUCGAUCACCGUAAAUGGUACCGCAUCAAAUCCCAAAUCGGUAUCCAAUCUGGCGUCGGAAGUUGUCGGUGAGCGCCGUCUGUCUCAAGGCAUCGACCAAGAGCAAGAAGCGGCAGAAACUAGCGACACGCUCGCAGACACGCCCGUCCCCAGUAGCGCCUCUCCAAGUCAAGCCACGGCAGCUACGAGCCAGAAUGCAGCUGCCACGCGCCAAAGACCCACGCGCUCGAGCCACGCGUUAUCACACUUGCCGCGCCUCGAUUCCAUGCGUGCGAUCCCCAGCGCAUCGACUUUUGCAGCCAACGACGAUGCCAGCUUUGCAUCUGCCUCACGCGCACGCUCGGAGAGCAUAGCUACCGGUGAGACGAGCGAGGAGGAGCAAGAGGUCAGCGAGGAAGAAGACGAAACCGACAUCACCGGUAACACUUCUGACUACCACGACCUCGAAGAAGGCGAAUCCGACGACGAGACUGACGAGGAUAACUCGCCCGUCGCGAGUCGACUUAUGUCGGCCUCAGCUAUGGUUACAACCGGAAGCUCUAGCGGUCUCAACCGCAACCGUCCGACCGAGUCGCUUGUUCUACCGCCCGCGCCGACCUUCAUCUCUAACGACAGUAGCUCUGAAGCUGGCGGAUCGACAAGCACCGAAGUGCCAGUUAGUCAAGGCGAGUCUAGCCAAAGUGUGGGUCGCGAUGCCUGGACCAGCUUCAGCUCGAGCGGCUUCACCCCAUUUGAGACUCCGACGCCCAGCUUUGGCGGUGCCAACUCGUUGUUUGCAGGCCCAACGCCGAGAGCACGUCAGGAGGUGUCUGAAUCAUCCUACUUUACCGCUCGUCCUGGGACCAGCAACAGCAACCGCGCCUCGACGGCAGGGACGAUGAGCGGAGAUGCGCCACCGCCGUCGCCGUCGAUCAUCAGCCGAUCUCGUGCGCCCUCCUCGGCCAGCAUGCGAACACUUCGAACGCCAGGCGCGCCAUCCAUGGGCUCUGGCCCAGUACCGAAUCGUUCUAUGCCCGUCCCCGUUGGCGCUUUGCCUCCACUGGCGUUGCGACGACAGAUCUCGACGGCUUCUGGAGCCUCCAAUGCGGUUGCCAACCGCAGCCAUUCGCCGGCGGGAGCGCCGGGUAGUAGCAGGCCCAGCACGUCAGGUACUCUGACGCCGCUUCAGGCGCCCGGUGGCGAGCGUAUCACGAGUCGAGAGCCGAGCAUGGAUCGACCAGCAUCGGAACGACCUGCCUCUCGUCAGGAUCUAGGACAGGAUUCAAAGGUGACGCCAGGCGUCAAAUUGUCGGGCAAACCCCUGAUGGGACUCGACGGCUUCUCGACGACGACGGCUCGACCUAAUUUCUACCAGCAAAAGUCGAAAUCGCUCGUCGACUUGCUUGGCCCUACAUCGCGACGACUCGAGAUCGACACCUCGUUGCCCACACGCCCGAUCAUCAACGAGCCUGCGGGUCUCGAGGCGCUGCGCACACCGACGACACCGCGUGCGCCGUUGGAAGCGCCAGCGUAUAGCAAGAAGGACGGCCUGGCGCCGAUCGAAACGGGGCUGACGACGCCUUCUUCGAUCGCGUCGCCCGGUGGAAUGAGUCUGGGACGUCGAAGAUCGAUGUUUGAGAUGCGAGCGGAGCCACCAGAGUACUCGAUCAUUCACCAUCGACCCGAGGGACCGCAGAUCAUCCUGCCGAGAGAGGAAGAGGGGCGAGAGAAGCUGCCAACGUACUGCUGCGGCGUACAUAUCGAGGGCUAUCUGCCACGCAAAAUGGAGUUUUCGGCGCCGGGCGUUCAAGCGAAAGACCGCAGCUGGAGGCGACAGUACUUUGUGCUACAUGGUACGAGUCUGCGUGUCUACAAGAACGAUCUCAGUGUGGAGCGCCACGCGCUGAAUGGAUCUUGGGGCGAAAUGAAGGGCGUACACGUUCACCUGGAGCCCAUGAACGAGGAUGGCUCUCACGGCUCGGGCUCUGGAGGCAUCGGGCUGGGUGCGGCGGCACGCGAAGCGAUUUCACACACGCCGCUGGGGGCUCAUCGACACGAGGGAUCGAAGCAGAAGGAGACUUCGACGCAAUUUGAUGCCAAGAACGGGCUGAUCCGCAACUACACGCUCCAGUCGGCCGAAAGCGGACUGGCAGCUGACUAUCUGAAGCGUCGACACGUAGUGCGCGUACGGGCGGAAGGCGAACAGUUUCUGCUGCAGACGCGCAGCGAUCGACAUGUGGUGGACUGGAUUGAGGCAUUGCAAGCUGCGACCAACGUUUCGAUGGAUCUGGAGAAGCGAGCAAUGCCCAAGUUCAUCACGCUUCCCAGAAGAAGACGUCGUCGUCGACGCCAGGUGGACGGAACGGCGAACAAUGCGGAAGAACAAGAGGCGCGAGAUUUGGCCGAGGCACAGAGGAGGUCGAUCGCAGAGGCGGGUGGUCGAGCGGCAGAAGGAACAAGAGAUGGUGUUGAUUCCACGACGAGGGCGAGCAUGUCGCAACGACCUAGCAUGAGCAUGGAAGACGAGAUGAACCCGAGCGCGGCAUUUGAACGGAUGCUGCGCGAGGAUCAGGAGCAAGGCGGUCGUCAGUCGGCGGCUGUCAUGUGA